GGAGCCGGCGGCGGCGGGUUCCGGCUGGGCGGUGAGGCGGCGUUCUGGGAGCCCCUUUCCGUAAGGCUGAGGGGGUGGCGGCUGGGCCUCCUUCCCUCCCUGCUUCCCGGUGUUCUGAGGGGGCGCGGGGCGUCCGGCCGCUGCCGGGUUUGUCAGGGCGGGCAACUCAGGUAGGACGUGGAUCCAGACUGACGAGUCAACUAAGGACUGGCAGUUAUUUCUAGUUGGAAGAAACAGUGACAUUGGCUCAAAAUGAGUGCAAUGUUGGAAAGCCCUGAGCUGCCGGCAGUGUUUGAUGGGGUGAAGCUAGCUGCAGUUGCUGCUGUUCUGUAUGUUAUUGUUCGCUGCUUGAAUUUAAAAAGCCCAACUGCCCCUCCUGAGCUCAUUUACCAGGACUCUGCCUUGGCCCGCUUUCUACUCAAAUCCUGCCCACUUUUGACCAAAGAGUACAUUCCACCCCUGAUCUGGGGAAAGAGUGGACACAUUCAGACUGCCCUUUAUGGAAAAAUGGGGAGAGUGAGAUCACCUCAUCCGUAUGGACUUCGCAAGUACCUCACGAUGCCAGAUGGAGCAACAGCCACCUUUGAUCUCUUUGAGCCGCAGUCUGAGCAUUGCAUUGGAGAGGAUGUCACGAUGGUAAUCUGCCCUGGGAUUGCUAACCACAGUGAAAAGCAGUAUAUCCGCACUUUUGUUGACUAUGCGCAAAAAAAUGGGUACAGAUGUGCUGUCCUGAAUCACUUGGGAGCCUUACCAAACAUUGAGCUCACUUCUCCACGAAUGUUCACAUACGGCUGCACCUGGGAAUUUGGUGCCAUGGUUAAUUACAUCAAGAAGACGUACCCUCAGACCCAGCUAGUGGUUGUGGGCUUCAGCCUGGGUGGAAACAUUGUGUGCAAAUACGUGGGAGAGAGCCAGGCCAACCAGGAGCGAGUCCUCUGCUGUGUCAGUGUUUGCCAGGGGUACAGUGCACUGAGGGCACAGGAAACUUUCAUGCAGUGGGAUCAGUGUAGAAGAUUUUAUAAUUUCCUCAUGGCAGACAACAUGAAGAAGAUCAUUCUCUCUCACAGACAAGCUCUUUUUGGAGAUAACAUGAAGAAACCACAAAGCCUGUCAGAUGCUGAUCUGAGCAAACUCUAUACAGCAACAUCCCUUAUGCAGAUUGAUGAUAACGUUAUGAGGAAGUUCCAUGGCUACAGUUCCCUGAAGGAAUACUAUGAAGAAGAAAGCUGCCUACAUUACUUGCACAGGAUCUAUGUUCCUCUUCUGUUGGUUAAUGCUGCUGAUGACCCUCUUGUGCAUGAGAGUCUUCUAUCAAUUCCAAGAGCUCUUUCAGAGAAACGGGAAAAUGUCAUGCAUGUGCUGCCUCUUCAUGGAGGCCACCUGGGAUUUUUUGAGGGGUCUGUACUAUUCCCGGAACCUCUUACCUGGAUGGAUAAGCUUGUGGUGCAGUAUGCCAAUGCCAUCUGCCAGUGGGAGAAGACAAAGUCUCACUGCUCAGACACAGAGCAAGCUGUAUCUGGCCAGGAAUAAUUGACCCAAAGACUGGAUCACUUCGGUAUAUGUUCCCCCUUUGGGAACAUCUUGUUCCCUCACCUGCUGCUUCAGGUUUCCAUUCUCCUUGAUAUAUCCUAUGGCUGGGGUUUGAUUGCAAUGUUUUCUUCCAAAGUGGAGUUAAAGCAGAGGUUAAUAUCUGGUCAGAGCAUCUUUGCAUAUAUAGUCACGUGGGUUUGUAAUUUACUGCUCUGCUUGAAGAAUUAGGUUGCUUAGUGGCUUGUUACAGGGUUACUGAGCUAAAGACUGCUUGCUUUAAUAUAGCAGAAGCUUCAGAUGUCAAAAUCUCUUCACCUGCUGGUCAAACUUGAUCUGCAUUUUUUUAGGUGUAGAUGACAGGGUAACUAUGGCUCUGCUCUUCUCUGUCCCAGUGCUGGAAAAACCCUGUACCAAGCCACAAGCCAGUGAGUGGUUCGAUCUGUAAGCCACUAAAAUGUGGCUUGGAAAAACAAAUGCUUGACUGCAAGUGGAGUUCCAGCCUUGCACCAUCUCAAGGGAGCCUUUUACUUCCUAAGAAUGCACUUACACAAGUCAAUCAGUUUAAAAAUACUUAACUUUUCCAUGCUUCAGCUAUCUUUGGAUUGGGGUGUCUUUAUGCUGGGACUCAAGGUAGAGAAAAGCUGCAGGCUUGUAAUACCAGUUAAUGUUUCUGUGUAAACAUGUUCUCACACCAAGACUACAUCAUCUUUGCUUCUUUUUAAAUGUAGCCAUCUUUUUAGCACUGGAUUACUUUUUUUUUUGUUGUUGACCCAGGGCUUUUUAAAGCUGCUUCUGACUUCCAAAUGGAAACCCAUCUUCAGGAUCUUUGUGAGCUCAGUCUGUCUUUAAGAAUAUUUCAUAGAGAAUUAUGCACUCUGUUAGGGAUUAAUUUGUUGGGGAGGAAGGUAUCUAUUUAGAUUUGCUCCCUUUAUGUACCCUUAUGUCAAUCAUGAAAGUUCUUCCCCUUAGCUUUCAAAGCAUCAAGUGGUUUUUCAAAGCAUCAAAUGAUUUUGACACAUGACUUGCCUUACAGUUGAUGGAGAACAGGAUGUCUCUAGCCCUGUGCAACUAAAAUGAUAUCUUUGCAUGGCUAACUACUUCCAUAUCUAUGUGAAUAUUGUAGGAUUACUGGCUCCAGUAAGACACUGGGCUCUUCUUCACUUGAAUUCAUUUUCCACACCCAGACAUCCUCUUCUAGUUUUAAUGCGCAAAGUGAAGUGUGAAAGCUGUUUGCAGGAAAGAUGCCUACUUGCUUGUGCUUCUCCCUCAAGUGGCUGUUACAGUCUGUGCCAAGAUGGUUAUUAAAGACUCUAGUCUAUCCCCUGGAAGGAAAGUUGUCCCAUGACAAUCUGGAGACUGGAACUUUGGUCAAUCUUGCUUUACUGUUUGUUCUGUCAAUAUUGUAGUCUCUCAUUAGUCCAUCCUUAGGUCUUCUUUAUUAGUGUCAGUGAAGUUCUUUUCCUGUCACACUUCACACAUCAAUUAGCACUUUAUUGCUUCAGCCUUGGUCUGCAUUCCAGACACUUUAUGGUUUAAGGGUGAAACAAGCUGCAAGACUUCAGUCUGAUAAUAUAGGGGAACAAGCCUUCUGGACUGACCUGUUCUUGAACUUCAGUAGGUUAGAGAGGUGGGAUUUUCUUUUAAUAAAGCAAUAAUUAACUAUUGUAGCAAAGGUGCAUUAUCAUAUCAGGAAAUUCUUUUCAUUUGCCUUAGGCCAGAUACCCUGGCCUGUUACAAUGAACUGUGGAUAUCUGCACGUUCUCCUUGUUAGUAAAUCCAGGUUUCCUUUUUUCUUCAAAGAAAAGAUGUGACUAAGUAAAGCUAUAGCAAGACUUGGCCAUGCUUGUGGUUGUUCCUUAAGAACUAUUUUAGGGCAUCAGUUAGCAAGGAUAUUCUUAACUGAUGGAUAUCUUGUCUCUGUGUUGUUAUCCUCUUAUUCAUACUGCAUCUGUAUAUCACUAGAAUCUGUCAUAAGAGACAUUUCAGAUUUUUGCUUAAGUAGCUGUUCAUGUAAUAUUCAUUGGAUAUGACUUAAAUAUCUUCAACAGAAGUGGAGCGUAAACAACACUUGUACACAUCAAAUAGAUACAGUAUAAAUUUAGUUGUGUAGGGGGAUAUGGUUUUUAUCUCCAGUGGGGUACAACUUUAGAAGUGUUUUGACUUUCAUAGUAUACUACAGCUGUAACUUACACAGGUCAUGGCUGUCUGCCUUGAAACAAAACUGCCCAUCCCAUUCUUCAUGUGUCCUUCCUCAAUCCUGCUUUGCUGUGCUGAGUAUCAACUUCAGACAGCUCUAGGGGAACAGAAGUUGUCUUUCGUUCCAACACCACUGUUGAGGUGAAGAGCCCAUCAUAUGACCCAGCAUGUGGAUACCUAUGAAAGCAAGGUCAGUGUGCAUCUGACCUCUUUUGAGAACAAAAUAUCUGCCUUCCUUAUCUCGAGAACAUUAUCAAAAGCAUGUGUGCUCUGCCCACCUCCCCAAGUGGCUGAAGCUCUGUCUUCCUCCCCAGGACCCCAGGCUGGCAUAAUAGUUCAGUUGUUGACUGCCACAGAACACGAAAGCCAGGAGUGUGAGAACUGACUGGGUAAUGUCUGGGAAGAUUAAUGCUGAGGCAAAGCAAGUGUUUUGCCUCUGCUUUUUGGCCAAGUCAAGCCAGUUCCUCUGAAAGCAGAGCUUCAUCAUGGGAAGCUUUUUCCUGGAAAAAAUUUUCCUCCUUCCAUUUUGUAAAGAUCAUUCUUGAUGGACCAGGCUUUCAAACAGGGUUUUCUAUUUCUUGAGGUGUGAGGGAAAUUACCUUCUUGUCAAAUCUACCUUAGUUUUAAACUGAUUUUAUUACAGUAGAUGGCCAGUCAAUCCGUGACCCAUUUUUAAGCAAGUCUCCUAAAAUGAGGUGAGCACCUGGGCAGUUCUUAAAGGAGCAGGAGCUGUAGCUUUGCCUAAUUAAGUAGAAAUUCUUUUUUUUUAAAGUUGCAAUGUCUUCUCGAGGAAUACUCCUUCCUGCCCCCAACCCAAGCCUUCAUACUUCAGAAGUGCUGGUGCUGUGGACUUUCUGAAACUCUCAACUACAGAACCAGUAUGGGUCUCUGUCUUGCUCUUUUGACCUGCUUUUGGACUUGAAUCUACAGCUGUUCAAACCACUUGUGACUUGAUAACUAAUUCCUAGCCUCUUUGGGGAAAAAGAGCUUUUGUCACGGCUUGCUUGUGCAAGGUUUCUGGAGCUGAGGUUCAGCUUACUAUACGUGUUGUGGGUGGAAGCAGUGAGGGAUAAAAAAACCUAUUCUCUCCAUCUUGCCCAAUUUGAUGCUGCUUUCAAAGCCAGACUCAUGGUGUCUGACUUACAGCAGUAACUUAAGGAUCUUAGUGAAGUAGGAGAGGAGAAAGUUAAGCUGCUGCGCAUGUUAUCUACAGACCUUCAGAGAAAGGAAUUGUGUAUUAAAUCUUGCUGCUGACAGUGACUGGCAACUGCUAUUUAGUGCUAGUACCCCAAGAUGCACGGGACUUUGUCCAAUCCUCAUCUGCAAUACUCUUCUCUCCCAAAAAUAAGGCAGUAGUAGUCUUGUGAUAGGGGCAGCUGGUUUUCAUUUGCCCAGUGAACAAAAUGUUAAAUGCAAUCUGAAUUUUUAAGUCUUGGAGGUGAAGGUGUCUUUUUUUCAUCUCUUGUCAAGACACAUGAGACUGUUGAAGUGUGUACUUGUAGAUCCUUACAGUAUAGUCUGAUAUUGCAGUUCAAGAUUACAGUAUGAUGAAUCUGUCAUGUGCUCUGUUUCAUUUCAAACUGGGAUUAGAAAAAGCAUUAGCAGAGUUCUUCUCCAGGUAGUCUCAUGUGGCAUACACACCUCUUUCCUGUCACUGGAUGUAAGUAGCAUGUGAACAUAAACCCCAAGGACACUCUCAAUCAGAAAGCAAGUUGCAGAUCUGUUACUCUUUGAUGGUUAGGCUAGUCCAACCAUCACCUUUGUCAGUGUCUGGAGAGAUCUGAAGACUGUAGGUGAGCAGCUGGGACUUGCUCUUACUGAACCCAAGGAACCUGCAGCUACAUCAGAUCUGCCAGAAUUUUUAAUGGUCCCUUGGUUAGCUUCUAAAUUGAAAGUCUUUUCAAGUGGGUCUGACAGUGUUGUAGUAGUACUGUAAAGACAGACACUUGAACUUCCCUGCAGUCUUUUUCCUGAGUGCUUUUCUGCAGUUCUUGUUUAUGAAGAUCUAGGUUACAAAGACAGGGCAUUAAGCAAAGAUGUUGGGAACUGCUAGCUCCAGUACUGAAUUUAGCCAAGCUACCUGUGUCUCAUCUGUCCUGGGUCUGUCACAAGUUCCUAGACCACUGCCCUCUGACACAUGGUGCCUUGCCCUUUUUCUCUUCCUCCCUUGACAUCAGUAUAUCUAGAGACUUCAGUAACAGCUCUGUCAGAACUUUUGGGGCUUUGCUUUUUAGUAAAUGAAUUUUCAGACACUAGGUAGUGGGACAUCUCUGGCAACAUACACUGUACGGGUGUGUGCUGCUUUAAAGGACCUUUGUGGGCAGCCAACAACUAGCUAGUCUAUUUCAAAGCUUAACAUAAAAAUGUAUAUAAGCAGUAGAUCAUUUUCAGCUCUCUGCUCCUCUAGCAGUAAUAAUUGAGUCAUAGAAGGAGGGUUUGCUUUGCUUAAUGUAUGACUUGUUACCUUACAAUCCCAAAGUUCUUGUGUCUAUUAAUUUUCCAGCAGCAUAGCUGGAGGUAGAUUGCCUAAGUGACUACAUCUCAAAAGAAAGAGCAGAAUAGCAACUUGAUGAUUUAAUUGCCAAACAGUUUAGUCAGCUGGACUGCUUCCAAGUUUUUCUAGAAAUAUUAUGCCUGUCUGGCGCUUGGUGAAAUUCUUCACAGCCUUUUUCCAGGAGACCAGAAAAGGCCCUGGCCUUGUGCUGCAUUUAUAAGUCGUUUGUUGUGAAGAGCAUCUUGUUUCUGGCUUGAGUCAUGUUCUGUGGGUCUCUUGGUUGGGUAGGUCCCGGAGCCACAGUGACUCAAAGCAGUGUCUCCUUCAUGGCUUCUAGGUGAAAAGCAAACAGCCCUUCUUGGUGUGAGGACUUUCUGAGUUUUCUUCAAGCUUAGAAUGCCUCAGAGCAACGCCAGCCCAAGAGAGGGAUGCCUUGUAACUGGACCCCUUUUAUCACCAGGAGUGUCUGUUAUACUGGCCUGGACUUUCUCAGUUGUUGGGGGAGUUUGAGGAUAAGUGACACCAAUGAGUCAAAGCAGUUCCCAGCUUUCCAUGCUGUGGAGGAACGGUUUCUAGGGUUAUCCUGAACCGUUGCAUUCUGAACAGCUGUAUUCUUGGUUUUGCUGGUUAAUCAAUGGACACAAACACUGCAAUCCGGGGCAGCAUUUACCAGGUUGGAUCUGCUAGUAUUGAACAGCUUUUUUCAAGUCUAUCUGAUAACACUCUCCAAAAGUUCCAGCCCCUCAUCACUUGUGGAUAAAACUUUUCUUUCCUUCUCACCCAAUGGCCUUGCCUAACCCAGGUAGUUUUAAUGCCAGUAAGUAGCCCGAUCCCCCAAGGUGGCUCUACACAAAGCCUUUUUGUUUCUGUCUGAAUGAUAAGCUCGCAUUGUUUCUCUCUGGUCACGCAAGAGCUUUGAUUAGAUACAGAACUUUCUUCUAGGAUCUCUACUGUAGCUCUAUUGGGAUGUUGACCCUUCUUAUGGAUCCUGACAACUGGGAAGUCUUAAAAUAAAAAAUCCAAACAAAAUCUGCUUGAGUUUAAUGUAACUAAACCCUACUGCUUAGCCCAAGUCAGCAGCUUUCCGAAAGAGCGUGUUUCCUCAUUGUGUUACUUGACAGCUUGACCAUAAUUCCCAGUUGACAGUUCACUAGACAUUUUUCUUGAGAAAGCAUAACCUCUUUCUCUGAAAAUCCCAAGCUGAAGAGGUGUGUGGAAAGCUCAAGAGCAGACCUGUGCCCUUCUCGUUUUGCCCAUGCAGCUGUUAGAACAGGCUAAGUGACUUCUAGUGUUCUUGGUGAGCAGUUUACCAUGAAGAUACUUUCAAAUUGGCAAAAUUAUACUCUGGAACCACCUCUAAAUACUGCCCUGGAAGAGCUUGUAUACUGAGACACCCUCCCUGCUACCAUGUUCUGAGUCAGAUUCUCUGGAGCUGACAGCUGCAGGGGCGAUGAUUUGCAACUAGCAAUGCAAUUUUUCUAUAUCUGCUGAUGUUUACCUUUAAAAUUAUAUAUAUAAAUAUAUAUAAAACAAUGUCUCUGAUUUUUUUUCUUUCAAUUUUUGUUCUUCUGUGUGGUGUAAAAUGGAGGUCAUUGUAAAACAAAAUGUAAUUUUGUUAUCUUUGAUUCAGUGGGAUUUCUUUAUUUAAAAAUAAAGGACUUAUUGAAGUCAGUGCUA